AUGUUAUUUUCACAUAUCGUUUCAUUUGUUGCCGAUGCCGCUAUUUUAAGCACAGGCGUAGCAGCAGUUAGACAUUUUACCAAUUAUUCAUUAACAGGUCUUUUGAUUUAUUUAAAUUCAGGAGAAAUGAUUUUUAAUAAAGGUCUUGAAAUCGUAAAGAAUUCAAGUUCUAAAAACAAAUUUUAG